CACUUUGUGCCACUAAGCCCAACCAUGGUGCAGCCAGAUUCUUCUCAAAAGUGAGACCUGCCGAAGGACCAAUGACUCUGUUCCCCGUGCCCUUUCCUUUUCUCCUCUUACUCCGUCACCAUGUCUCGAUCCCGCCACGCAAAGCCUUCCCGAUUUGUCAGGAGGGACGAUCUAAGCAAAAAGAAAAACAGUCAGCUGAAGAAGACCUUCAAGCCCAUCAACAAAAAUGUAACGCCAGGCAAGACCAUGAGCCCUCGGAAACUAAAGAAAUUCAUCCAGGCGCGAGAUGUUAAGAAAAAAGAGGAACCCAAACCACCACCACCCAUGCCCGCCAGGAGCCUCCUGACCAGAGCUGGCGCAGCACGGCUGAAUCUGGAGAGGGCCGAGGCCCUGUUCCGGAACCCGGAGUCCCUAACGUGCAAUGGGUUUACCAUGACCCUCCGGAGAACCUCCCUCAGCAGGCGGCUCUCCCAGCCCCCGGUGGUCAUAGCCAAACCCAAGAAAGUCUCGCCUCCUAAGAAUUUAGAAAAGCCACGUGAGUGUGAUCGGAAGGGAAAGGCCUCCGAGAAUGAUUCUGUACCAACACAAGACCUCCCCAUCCCUCCUGAUCUAGAGAAUCUGAUUGACGUACAAGAUGCAUCAUCUUCAGUUCAAGAGGAGCGCCAAGGGGCAGCCCAGUCAUGGUGCCAAAGGGUUGAGGAUUCUAAAAUAGAUUCCCUCACUCACGGUGGCCCUGUGGCAGAGAUCCUUUCUGGGGCGCUGGAAGGGACACACGAUGGUGAAGGACUGUUCUCUAAAGAGACAUUGGACGACAGCAGUGAUUCCCCUGGGAUGUUUGCCCAGGAGGACCCUCCGUGUGCCCCUUUGCCCCAACAAGCAGACCUUCCUGUUACCUCUGAAGGAAACAGCAGCGUUCAGGUAGACGAUUUGGGCUCACAAGUAGAAUCUCUGAAGCUAUCUGAUUCUUACCUGGACCCCGUCCCAACUGAACAGGAUUGCUGCCCAACCUCCAGCUUCAAUACGGUGAUCCCCGAAUUGGACCUUGGAAACUAUUUGUCUUUUGGUGGGCGAUUAUAUUCUACCUCAUUAUUAAAACUCUUCUUGGCCAGUUCAGCGCAAGGAGCCCUUGGUGCUAAACCAGAUCAUCUGGAGGUCCUCGAGGCUCCUCCAGAUCAGCAGGAAAUUCCCGGUAACACCCCCGUCUUAGGACAGGCCUUCAGUGCUGUCCCACACCCAUGGGAAAUCCCCGGUGUUAAUCUGGUUCAUGGAGGGGCUCUGGGCGAGACCCCAGUCCCGCCAGAGCUCGCUGGUGCUAUUUCAGUCCAAGGACAGGUGUUUGGUGCUAUCCUCAACCAGGAGAUCCUCGGGGUGGGCGGGAGUGCUGCCUCAGACCCACCUGUCUUCCUUCCUGCUCCCCUGAACCCAGUAGCUACCUACAAUGCCCUCCCAGGAUGGCCUGAUCCACAGAGCACCAUUUCCUAUGGGCUUGAGGUCCAAGGCACUAUGCAGAUCUUAUCUUUGGGCUCAGGCCACACUCCUCAACCAACCUCAGUCUCGGAGGUCAGUGCUGAACCUCCCCCCAUGGCUAUGAACAACGCGGAGAAUGAGAAGCAAGUCCAUCUAAGCUUUCCACCAGCCGACACUCAGGGGUUCGAGUUAGCCCCUGAGGGAGGACCGCACCCAGCUUCACAGGACCUCGCCCAACACUCCCAGGCUGUGCCCGGCCAAUCGGAAGGAGGGAGCUCCCCCAUCGACGCCCCCGCGGUGUCUACGCCAGUGCCACUUGCCAGUACCUCCUCUCCUCCUUCCCACACAACUGUGCUACCUGCUCUGGAAAAGAAGAAACGGAAGCGGUGUGGGGUCUGUGUGCCCUGCCAGCAGAAGGCCAACUGUGGCGAAUGUACCUACUGCAUAAACAGAAAGAACAGCCACCAGAUCUGUAAGAAGAGGAAGUGUGAGGAGCUGAAGAAAAAGCUACCUGUGCCUAAGCUCGGCGACCAGAUCCUCCUCCUCCGCAGCGAACUCCAUGUCGCAGCUUGGGGCUGCCUGUGUCCCUCGGUUAUAAAGGAAAACAAGAGGCCCAAGAGGGAAAAGAAGCCCAAAGUUUUAAAGGCAGAUUUUAAAAACAAAAUAGUCAAUGGCCCCGAGUCAGUAUCCAUGGACUACAGUGGAUGUGGUCAUGGGGAAGAAAAAAGAUUGGAAUUGAACUCACACCCCCCUGAAAAUGUAACUGAAAAUGACGGAAGUAUGACAGGCAUUGAAGUGGAGAAGUGGACGCAGAGCAAGAAAUCCCAAUUAACAGAUCAAGUCAAAGGAGAGGUGAAGGCGAUUGUGACAGAAGGGGGAAAACUGGGAAACUCUGAAGAUGACCCGAGCGAAGUCCUACCCGAGCCUCAAGUUUUGUUUGCACAAACGGUAACAAAUGGCAUUGAAAAUGUACACUACAUACCCACGGAAACAGAGGUGUCUGUUAGAACAUUCAGCAUUGAAGAGUGUGACAAGGUGUCUGGGAACAAUUCCUGUGACCCCCUGGUAGACUCGGCCAGCCAGAACAAUGCCAUGAGCUCCGCUGCUACCAACGCACGCGAUCAUCUUCCGGGCAGAAGCGAUGUUUCCGUCUUCCAGCAGCCUGACUCAGAGUCUUUUCCUGAUCCCGCAGACUUCAGCUGCACCAGCCCUACUGGUACACCCACGGCAAGGGAGCAACCAAAACCUCUAGAAAAUAUACCAAGUACAGAACCAAAUCAUGGAUCUCCAGUUCAACAACAUCUUCUAUCCCUCGUGAUGGACAGGACAUUAACGCAGGAGCAGGUGGAUGUGAUCGAAGCUUUGGCUCAGCUUUCCGGAACCCCCGCAGCAAACGCCUCACCAUCCAAGUCUGAGGAGGACAAAAAAAACGAUCAGAUGUCAGCUGGUGUGCUUAAUAAGUACACCAAGUAUACAGCUUUAUUCUGUUCUAUCAAGGACCUCGAAGAACGGUUUUUGCAGGGGGGACCUCACAGCCUUUUCCAGGGUCCCUCUGUAGAAAAGCAGGGUUCAUGCAACACGGUGCUGUUCAAUGGCCAAAGUAACGUCUCCACGUCACACGGCGGCGGCGCAGCUACUGACCAAGUGUCCACGGAGCCACAGGAAUGUUCAAAUGAAGAAAACUCCACGUCUCUUUUUACACCAAAUUCCAGUUCACCUGAAAUUGACACCAGUAAAAAUGCUGCUCAAAAUUGUAGUACUCAAGACAGCCGUUCAGAAAAUUUGCACGAGUCGCCACCACCAAGUGGUGAAUUGGGGUCCUGCAGUCAGUUACUGGACAGCAGCCGCACGUUAGCUAUAAAGGAUGAGCCAUCAUGGUGUCAAGAUACAGUUCAUAGUCAAAUAGAGGAAGAUGUUGCCGCACAGUUAACACAACUUGCCUCAGUCAUCAAAUUCAGAUGUCCAAAACCAGAGGAAACCAGCGAAGCAAGUACAUCAGCAAACCUUGUGUACAAUGUGCAAAGACACAGUCAGGAGAAGAACAAAAUAAAAGCGAAACCACGCUCCAGUGUAAAAAAUAACCAUGGCUCAUCGACAAAGCAAAAGAUCAAAACCCGGAAAAAGACAAAAUCCACCCCAUCCAAAGAACGGCGGAAGAAGAAGCCUGCAGCCACAAAUUGUCAAGAAAAUGCUCAGAAAAGGCAGGAGCAGUUGUCAUCCGAGUAUAAUAGGUUACAUGACAUUUGGAUAGCGUCCAAAUUUCAAAGAUUUGGGCAGUUCGGUCCCCGUGAUUUCCCUCUUCUGUUGGGGAAAGUUCCUCCUGUACCCCCAGUCCGGGCACCACUUACCCCGAAAAAGUUGGCCAUCAAAUACGAGUACUUUUUCCCUCCACUUGCUCAGAUCAAAUUCCAGCGAAAUUCUGAAUUAGAACGGGAAGAAAUGAUGAACGUUGAUCACUCCACAUCCCAUUUACAAACAGAAUCCAAUGGGCAGGCGUUUAAAGAAGAAGUUCCUGAUUCCCCGGUACACCCCGUGGUGAACGUCCAUCAGAAAGCUCAUCCUGGCCUCCUGUCCUCGUCUCUCACUAACCAGUGUGCUAAUGUGAUGCCUGACCGUGACCAAACUCAGUUCCAGCAAGAUGGUGAAGACCAGCCCAUGCACCCGAGCCUGCCAGCCUUGCCCAGCACCUCUCAUGAGACCCCCUCCUCACACCCGGGACAAGUUCUCAGAAAUGUAAACGUCGAAAGUUCAGGUGGGAUCACGGUGGUUUCUACCACAAACGAAGAAGACGUCUCUUUACCUAGUGGCGGAGCAUCCCAAGUUGCCCCAGUAGAAAAUGCACACAAUUUUCAUAAUUAUGCCAUGAACUUUUUAACUAAUUCUACAAGAAACCUGGUGUCUACCACGACAAAUUCUGAAUUGCCAAGCUGCAACUGUGAUCAAAAAGAAAAAGGCCCAUAUUAUACGCACCUUGGGGCAGGACCAAAUGUUGCUGCUGUCAGGGAAAUCAUGGAGAAUAGGUAUGGGCAAAGAGGAAGUGCAGUAAGGAUAGAAAAGGUUAUAUAUACCGGAAAAGAAGCAAAAAGCUCUCGUGGAUGUCCUGUCGCUAAGUGGGUUUUGAGGAGAAGCAGCGAGGAAGAGAAGAUUCUUUGUUUGGUUCGGGAGCGUACCGGCCACCACUGUCCCACAGCAGUGACGGUGGUGCUGAUCCUGGUGUGGGACGGCAUUCCGCUUCCCAUGGCGGACAGGCUGUACACAGAGCUGACCGAGAACCUGAGGACCUACAACGGCCACCCCACAGAUCGCAGAUGCACUCUCAAUGAGAAACGUACCUGUACAUGUCAAGGAAUUGACCCUGAAACUUGUGGAGCUUCAUUCUCUUUUGGCUGCUCAUGGAGUAUGUUUUUUAAUGGCUGUAAAUUUGGUAGAAGCUCAAGCCCUAGAAGAUUUAGAAUUGAUCCAAGUUCUCCUUUACAUGAAAAAAACCUGGAAGAUAAUUUGCAGAGUUUGGCCACACAAUUAGCUCCAAUUUAUAAACAGUAUGCUCCGGUUGCUUACCAGAACCAGGUACAAUUUGAACAUACUGCCCAAGAAUGUCGGCUUGGCAACAAAGAAGGUCGUCCUUUCUCUGGGGUCACUGCUUGCGUGGACUUCUGUACCCACGCCCACAGGGACAUUCACAACAUGAACAAUGGAAGCACCGUGGUUUGUACUUUAACACGAGAAGACAACCGCUCCUUUGGCAUCGUUCCUCAAGAUGAGCAGCUCCAUGUUCUACCCCUCUAUAAAUUAUCAGACACCGAUGAGUUUGACUCCAGGGAAGGAAUGGAAGCUAAGGUCAGGUCUGGGGCCAUUGAUGUCCUCAAGCCCCGCCCAAAAAAAAGGACAUGUUUUAGGCAGCCAAUUCCUCGUUGUGGGAAGAAAAGGACAUCGAGGAGGACAGAUGUCUUCACGUGCAAGAUGAAGGCUAUGGAGAAGAAGCUCAUUCCUCGAAUCAAGCGGAAGAAUAACUCCACAACACACAACAAAUGUGAAACUGAACCAAAUUUUGUCUUCAAAGGUUCGAACAACAUUCAAACUUCCUCACCGAUCCCAUCCAUUCCUCACCCAGUGCAAAAGGCAAACUUAUCCCCAAACUUAUCCUCGUCCGCCAACACUGCUUCCACCACAAAAGAUGCCUCGGUUUCGGGCGGGUUUCCAGAAAGAAGUAGCAAUCCCGACUUCACGAUGUCUUCUGAGAGGCACAGUGAUGCUAAUGCCGCCGCCGCCGCUGGGGAAUGCUCUGGAAUUGCACAGCCUGGUGAAGUGAGUCCUCUUCCCACUUUGCCUACUCCCAUGUCCGAUUCCCUGGUGGGUUCUGAGCCUCCCGCUGGUCCAUCUGAGCAGAUGCCUCCUCAUGAGCCCAACCAGCAGCCCCCACUCAGCACCUCUGCUCCUGCACUUGCUUCCUCCCUGAAGGAAGAAGAUGGGCAGCAUUCGGCAGCAGCUGAGCCUCCAUCAGAUGCCCCCCCAUCCCAUGGCCCCCAGGCAUCCACUGUGCAGAAGUUGCCCCACCUUGAGGAGUAUUGGUCAGACAGUGAGCACAUCUUUUUGGAUGACGAGGUUGGCGGGGUGGCCAUAGCCCCCGCUCACGGCUCUGUUUUAAUUGAGUGUGCCCGGCGAGAGCUUCAUGCCACCACGCCCGUCCGACACCCAAACCGGAAUCAUCCCACGCGCCUCUCUCUCGUCUUCUACCAGCACAAAAACCUAAACAGUCCCCACCACGGUUUUGAAAAAAACAAGAUUAAGUAUGAGGCUAAAGAUAAAGAAGCUAAGAGUAAGAAAAUUAAGGUCUCCGAUCAGAGCCAUCAGGCAGCUAACGAGGGUCCCGAGCUGUCCCCUGAGGUGAUGGAGAUGGAGGAAGAAGUUCCUUCCCGUAAGGCGGUCACAUUGACCCAUGACAAUGUUGUCACCGUGGCCCCUUACGCCGUCACCCAUGUCGCGGGGCCCUAUAACCAUUGGGUGUGAAGGCUGUCCUCCCCUUUCCAAUGCCUUUGCUAGUGCAGUGUAUUUUUCCAAGGUGCUGUUAAAGGGAAGUCAUGUUGUUGUUUACUAGAUCUUCAUCUCACCCAUUUGAAGGCUGAAGUAAAAACAGACAAAAUGAAGUAGGGUGGGUAUUUCUUAACUGUGACUAUAUAUAUUUUGACAAUUGAUAGAAGGUGCACAUUUUAAGCAAAAAUAAAAAAAAGUUUUAUAGUUUUAAAUACAUAAAGAAAUGUUUUGGUUAGGUGUUAACCUUGAGAGAAUCACUCAGUUUGGUGCUUUAAAUAAGUCUGUUUACUAUGAAACGAGUAAUUUUUAGAGGCUUUUAACUGAUAAUGUGCUAUGAUGUAAAAAUCAAGAUAUAUACAGUGUUAACUCUACACAGCUCCUGGUGCUUAACCACAUCGACAUAGUUCAUUAUAAGCUGAAUUAUUAUUUCAUGGUGCCAUGGUUUCUGCAUCUUCCAAUCAUUGCUAGAAAAUAGGCAUUUUCCUUUGAAAUAAACCAAUGAAAUGUUUUCUCUCUUAAGGUGUCUCCUGUAUAAAAUAAUUCGUUAUUAUUAGUAAUGGUUGGAGGCUGUUCUUAAAUUGUAAAUAUAUAUUUUAAAAGCACUUUCUAUUUUUAAAAUUAACUUGAAAUAGUAUAGUAUAAGAAUCCAGUUGUCUAUUGUUUGUGCAUAUUUGCAUACAAGAGAAAUCAUUUAUUCUUGCUGUGUAGAGUUCCAUCUUAUUAACUGCAAUAUGUAUUCAUACAUGUGUAUGGUUUGUGUUUUUUAAUGUGUUCUUUCUCAUUCAAAUAUUAGCUACUUAUAUAAAAUCAAUCAUGUGAAAAUUGUUAAUUAUCUCAAAUUGGAAUCGGAAAGCAUAUCAUCCACACUGAUUAAUAUUUUCUUGGGAACUAAGUAAGUGUGAGCUCUUGCUGAGCAACGUUGACCCCAAUUUACUUUCACUGUAACUUUCUCAAUAUAAUCCAUGAAAGGUGUUUCCAAAAGGAGAUUUGACAUGAUAGGAUUCAAAAGAGUCAAAUGCUUCUAAAGUUUCAAGGUGAUUAAAUACAAAAAUUAAGUAGUAAGAACCCUACCCAUCCCAAAUUGCCUUUUUCUGAAAGUCAUUCUAGUAGAGACUAAGAAUAAAAUUUUAGUAGAAAUAUUAUGAAAAUUAAUUCCUUAUCAUUACACACACAAAACAAAUAGUUGGUAUGUUAUAAAUUAGUUAAUCCAAAGUAGUUUAAACAUAUUAGUUUUGAGAUAAUUGCCUAUGAUCUAGCUUUCAGGAAAAUAGGCAUUCUGUUUAUUUUUUUCAAUCGUCCCAUUAUUUUUUGUGUUACUUUUUCUGGUACAAAAGAGAUUGCCCAAACCAAAUUUUAGAUCGGGAAGAAAUUUCAGUGAAAUACUUGAUUCUGUUAAAAUGCAGAGGUGCUAUAACCUUCAAAGUCUCAGAUUCCUUGGGAGUAUGGGAACCUAAUGGUGCUUCUCCUCUGGAAAUGCCAUAGGAAGGCCAUAACCGCUAACACUCACGAUUCUGGUGCAAAAGCAAACAAUUCCAGUAAGCUCUCUAAAUAAAAUUAAUCAUAAAUUAUUAAAAUAAUAUAUGGUGCAAAGUAUCAGUUUCAAGCUUUUGACUAAUCAAUGUAAAGGAAUAUGAAGGGAUUGUAAAUAGCAAAAUGUCAUUGAUAGUCCAUCUUGUAUAAGUUGAUUUCUGCUUUUGAAUAUGUAAAAUAGGGUAAUUCAUUGACUUGUUUUAGUAUUUUGUGUGCCUUAGAUUUCUGUUGUAAAACAUGUAUAUUUUUGUGAACCUAUGAUUUCUUAUACAUCUAAGUAUAUAAAUAAGUGAUUCUUUAUUGUUUCAGCUGCUUAAAUAAGAUAUUUACUUGUAGUAAACCAUCAAGAAUACACCAUUGUAAUAUUUUAUUUUAGGCCUUACCUCUCACUAGGAGUUAUUUUUUCACCAGACUUAAUGGAUAAAACUUAAAGAUACUUUAUCCAACCACCCGUCUAUCCAUUCAACACUUAUUGAAUGUCUGCAAAUUUUAAGUAAAUGCUUUUGUUUUAUUUGUAUCACCACCCAUAACAGUAAACUUGAAGAAUUAAAAUCCUAGAAGAUACUCUUAACACACAUUUUACUAAGAAAUAAAUAAAUAAACAAACACAUUUCCUUCAAAACACACCAUUGUGAUAUAUGUACAGCAAUUCCGAGCAGUGUCACUAACGUAAAAUAAGUUUCCUUAACAAUCUAAACUUGAAGCUCAAGUGUUGAUUUUAGGGAAUAUUGAGAUUAACACCUGCUCAGCUAAUAAGCCCAUGGUGGGAACCACACACGAUUCCUGCAUUAUUGAACUCUUUCCUAAAUUAUCCAUCCCAUUGUAUGCCCUGUAAUUUUUUCAAAGAUCAUGCUUAAAUGUUCUGCAGCAUUGUGAUUGUAUACUGGCUACUCUUGCUGUUAGAGUGCUCUUUUUCAUGAAGCAAGGAAAUAAAUUUGUUUGAAAUGA